UAUUCGGUUCGCGAAAUCUCUGGAAUCGUUAUGCGUGGGUGGUGAUGAUCCGAAAAUGGCAGAGGGAACUUUGCAUUAUCUUGAGUUUUUCCCCAACAUCCAGUCUUUGUUGAUAGUCGUGUCACCUCCUUCAGCAGCAGGGAAUGGAACAUUGAUAUUUUCACCUUUUAAAAUAUCUUACAAGAACAGUUCAUGCUGUGACAAUGAAGAAGCACCACCAUUGACAAUAUGUAACUGGUGGGAUACUCCUCUGCCUCCUCUCAUACCAAAUUCAAUGAUUAAUCUCAAGACGAUACCCAACGAAGGGACUCACGUACGUUUCAAGACUCGCCCACACAAAUCAACAUGUCACAGAUUGGAAGGGAUUAGGGAAACAAUUAGUUCGAUACUUAAUGUACCAGAGACUGGUGACGCACCAAACGUAAUAAUGAGCUGCCGUUUCUGUCACGAGAGGCUAAUGAGGCAUUGCUUUAAACGAUGCCUGCCUUUACCUUCACUGGAAUGGACGGAAACUGUUGGUGACAUAUUUUGUCACGCACACAAGGAAGAUGCCAUUAGUGACUACACUCAUUCCUUAUUCCCACACCGAGAGACUGAUAUAUUGAUAGGAGAAGAGACUAUACUGGUACAAGACUCAAUACUGGGAGGAUCGGUCAACAGGAUAUGGAAUGAAGACCAAUCAAGCGUGAGGUGUAAAAGAUGCUCAGUAUCAAUUGGCCACAUUAGCAAAGAUUCUCUCAAGGGUGUCCCAAUAGCAAACAUUGACAGAUAUAAGGUUUGUAUUAGCAUUUCAAAUGAGUCAACUAAAGCUAAUGAGAAGCAUCAAGAGAUGGGAAGGAAAGAUGAACAUUAUUUUGCUGCUAAACUCUACAGACUAUCAGAAGAACUAAACUGCUUUAAUUUCUUGAUAAAGUCGCAAACUGGACAACCAAUAUUGCAAAUACAGUGCUUUCGCAGUGUGAGUUGGAUAAUGACAAACGUCGUCGAUAAAGAUGGGAGAUCCUCAAUACCAAAGCUAGUGCUAAAACUAUUGUAUAAGCUCGUACUAAAGGAUGACACUAGCUCUACACUCUCUAAUGGGGUAAUGGAGUCGGCUGCCUUCCCUUUAAGACAGUGUCUCAUUCUAUACGAAGCAUUAUUAAAGAAUCAUUACACCUUACCUCCAUCAUUAAGAAAUACUCAGAAGACAACAGAUGACUGCUUUAAGGUCAGCUAUUUGGAACUUCCACUAAUUCGAAUCAAAUCGUAAGCAUAAGCUGUCAGUAAGUGACGAUCAAAGCAAGAGAAUUAU